AUGGCAAAACAAAAGGGCAAAAGUGUUGAACACAAAAUUGAUGGUCAGUUGUCGCCACACGAGGAAUGUAUCAGCUAUUUGAGGACAUAUAACCAGACAAUACUGAUCCAAUUGAUCAAAGAGUUCAGCCAUAAGUGGAGCAAUCAGUCACUGUCUGACGGAACCAUCGGUGAAACGGACACCACCGCUGUACCAGACUUUCCAUUUGUCAACGACUGUAAGAUGAAAGUGGGCGACCCCUCGGACAACGACACCCUAAUCGGGCCAAUGAUUAGCGAAACACAUCAGCAAAAAGUAUUGAAAUAUAUUGAGUUCGCGCGCAAAGACGGCGCAACCGUUACGUCCCAACCCAUGAAUUUGUCGCCAGACCUCCAGACGGGGUAUUACUUCGCGCGCAAAGACGGCGCAACCGUUACGUCCCAACCCAUGAAUUUGUCGCCAGACCUCCAGACGGGGUAUUACGUGAGUCCGACCGUCAUUACGGACGUACCGGACAGUAGUGUCUGUAUGAAAGACGAGAUCUUCGGACCCGUCGUAUGUGUCGUGCCCUUUGAUACGCAACAGGAGGUCAUCGAUAGGGCCAAUGACUCGCCGUACGGACUGUCAGCCAGCGUGUGGUCAUCCCGUGUGGAUCGGGUCCAUAGUGUGGCCAAUCGGCUCAAAGUGGGCACUGUUUGGGCCAACUGUUGGCUCGUCCGCAAUCUCAAUAUGCCAUUUGGUGGCCAUAAACACUCGGGCACCGGGAGGGAGAGUACUGCCGACUCCAGAGAGUUCUAUACGGAAAAGAAGUCUAUUUGUAUUCAUGGAAAUGGUACGGAAACCAAAGUCCCAUAUCCGGUGAAUAUUUCGUGGCAUAACAUCAAUGUGUUUAGCAAAAAGACCCGAAGAAUACCACUUCCGUUUCGUAAGGAUAAAGACAAACCGAGUGUUCAUAUACUCAAAAAUGUUAGCGGACAGGCCAAGAGUGGACAGUUAUUAGCGAUUAUGGGCUCCAGUGGCGCCGGAAAGACAACUUUAAAUAAUGUGUUGACACAAAGAAAUUUAUCGGAAGUGGAUGUUCAGGGAUCUGUCAAAUUGAAUGGCAAAAUAGUGGACUCAAAUGACAUGAAAUCCCUGUCGGCUUACGUACAACAGGAGGACAUAUUCAUCGGUAACCUAACGGUUGGCGAACACAUGAGGUUUCAGUCACGCGUUCGUAUGGAUCAGUCUAUGUCUCAAGAAGUCAGAGAAAGUCGUGUCAAACAAGUCUUACAAGAAUUAGGACUAACCAAAUGCAUGAACACUAAGAUCGGAGCACCGGAUGGAGAGAAAGGUAUCUCCGGAGGAGAGAAAAAGAGAUUAGCCGUCGCUUCGGAACUAUUGACGAAUCCAUCGAUUCUAUUCUGUGACGAACCGACCUCUGGUUUGGACUCAUAUAUGGCUUUAAAUGUUGUGGAAGUCCUCAGAGAUAUGGCACAAACGGGACGGACUAUAGUUUGUACUAUACAUCAGCCCUCGUCCGAAGUGUUCGCACUUUUUACUCAAUUACUACUUAUGGCCGACGGAAGGUUUUGGGCACUCCUAUGGCGGGCAGCAUUGGCCGCAAUUAGGGAACCCAUGUUAACCACUGUUCGUUUGGGACAGACUGUCAUACUGGCCGUAGUAUUUGGACUAAUCUAUUGGCAGUUGGAUGUGAAUCAGGCGGGGAUUAUGGAUAUAAACGGCGCUCUCUUCCUAUUGAUAGCAAACAUCACUUUUCAAAACAUCUUUGGAGUCGUCACUACCUUUUGCAUAGAAUUGCCUGUAUUUCUAAGAGAGCACAAUAACGGCAUGUAUAGAGUGAGCGCCUACUUCUUGUCCAAGAUAUUGGCUGAGUUGCCAUCCUUUAUGUUCAAUCCAUUACUAUAUGUCUCUAUAUUUUAUUGGAUGGUUGGUCUCAACAGCGGAAUCAAAGAGUUUUGCAUUUGUGUCGCUAUUUGUCUAUUAGUGGCCGACACUGCCUGUAGUUUCGGGUAUUUGGUGUCGUGUAUGAGCAGUGGCAUAACAAUGGCCCUGACAAUUGCACCGACCAUCAUAAUGCCCAUGAUGAUAUUCGGUGGCUUUUUUCUAAAUAAUGACUCAAUACCCGUGUAUUUCGUGUGGUUUAAAUACAUUUCGUGGUUUUAUUACGGCAACGAAGCCCUGUCUAUAAACCAAUGGAAAAGUAUUGAUCACAUCGACUGCGAGUUUAAGAUGCCUACAAACCAGACAAUUAUGACUCCCUGUACACCAAAUGGCAAAGUAGUGAUCGAGACAUUGAACUUCAAUGAAGACCAUUUGCUCAGAAAUAUCCUGCUAUUAGUGGUCCUCUCGUUUGCGAUUAAAGUAAUGCCAAUGACUGGCAAAAUAAGUAGUGUUUCCCAACCGGUGUCCAUAUCGUGGCAUAACAUCAAUGUCUUCAGUAAACCCUCGACUGGAAUACGAUUGCCGUUUAGAAAGAAAGACGAUUCCAGUGUUCAUAUACUCAAGAAUGUCAGCGGUCAUGUAAAUAGUGGACAGUUGUUGGCAAUUAUGGGAUCUAGCGGCGCCGGCAAAACCACUCUAAUGAAUGUAUUGACACAAAGAAAUUUAUCAGACGUUAAAGUGAACGGUUCGGUCAAAUUGAACGGCAAAAUCAUGGACUAUAAUACCAUUAAAUCCCUGUCGGCUUACGUACAACAAGACGACAUGUUUAUCGCAAACAUCACAGUUAGGGAGCACUUGAAGUUUCAGUCACGCGUUCGUAUGGAUCAGUCAACGACCCUUAAGUUUAGGGAAAGUCGUAUUCAUCAAGUCUUAUUAGACUUGGGACUAAACAAAUGCGCCGACACUAUGAUAGGGGCUCCGGAAGUGGAGAAAGGCAUAUCUGGUGGCGAAAGAAAGCGAUUAUCAAUUGCUUCCGAAUUAUUAACGGACCCAUCGGUUAUGUUUUGUGACGAACCGACCUCAGGGUUGGACUCAUUCAUGGCUCAGAACAUAAUGGAUGUGUUGAGAGAGAUGGCAGCCUCGGGACGGACUAUGAUUUGCACUAUACAUCAGCCCUCGUCUCAAGUGUUUUCAAUGAUCGAUCAAUUGCUGCUUAUGGCUGAGGGAAGGAUAGCUUUUAUGGGACAGACAGGAAAAGCGGUUGAAUUUUUCGGGAGUUUGAAUAUGUUGUGUCCAAAUAACUACAAUCCCUCUGAUUUCUAUAUCAACCAAUUGGCUGUCGUUCCCGGCAAUGAAAUUGAGUGCAGAAAACAGAUAAAUAAUAUAUGCGACCGAUAUUUGGAGAGUAAUUAUGCAAAGGAAGCACUGCCUCAACAAACUAGUCAUACGAAUCACAAUGACUUUCAACUGGAAAGCAAUUCUGCAAAUUCUGUGUAUAAAACCAAUUGUCUCAGCAAGUCUGUCAACAUUCAUAACUAUGAACAAAUCAAAUAUGAGGUGAACCAAAUAGGAAUCUCUAAUAUAAACGGCGCUCUCUUUCUGUUAGUAAAUAACAUGAACUUUCAGAGUCUCUUCGGUGUCGUUAACGCAUUUUGCGGAGAAUUACCGAUAUUUCAAAGGGAACACAAUAACGGCAUGUAUAGAGUCAGUGCAUAUUAUUUGGCAAAACAGUUGGCCGAGUUACCUACAUUCACAAUCGGUCCCAUUAUAUUUGUGGCUAUAUUUUACUGGAUGGUUGGUCUUAACCACGGUGUCGAGCAGUUCUUGCUGUGUGUGUUGAUCUGUGUGAUGACUGCCCUCAGCGCCACCAGUUUUGGCUAUUUGGUGUCGUGUAAUCUGUGUGAUGACUGCCCUCAGCGCCACCAGUUUUGCACAUACUCAUCAAGACAUUGCUACCGGGAUAGUAACCGCGGAGGGAAAAACGACGGUGAGUACUAUAAACCUCCUAAAAAAGACUUAUCGCCCACAGAACUGAUGAUUCUUUCAAUCCCGGUGUGGCUGGACUGGAUCAAAUACAUAUCAAUGUUUUAUUACAGCAACGAAGCGCUCAUCAUAAAUCAGUGGCGAGACAUCGACCACAUAGACUGUCCAUCAAACGGGACAAUGUGUGCCCCUAAUGGCAAAGCAGUCAUUCAGAGCCUCAGCUUCAAUGAGGACCACUUCUCCAGAGAUCUACUCAUGUUAUUGACGCUCACUAUUGUCGUCAGAAUUCUCGCAUUUCUCGUACUUCUCCUUAGAUCCAGAAGACGAUAA